AACGCGAACAACUUCGGUCGUGAACGGACAUGAUUUUCGCAGUGGCGGGAAAAGAAUAUUGAAAACGAAAGAAUAUUGGCAACAAACUUGUUUGCAAUAAAUGGCAGAAGACAAAUACCUGCAGCAGGGGCUAAAAGAAUAAAUCUCUUUGGUUCUAAAGCCAGGCACGUGCUCAGCUAAGCGAAAAUGCAGAAGUUUUAAGUAAAAACUGAUAGGCACAACCGAACCAGCACUCAGCGACAAGCCACAGAACGUGCAAAGAGGCCGAGUGCCCCCGUCGAAUUGUGUUAAAAAAAGCAACAAAAAGAGGGAGCAAAUCUGAGGAGGAGAGACCCGCUUCCAUGCCGGCAGCCGUGGAAUCGCUGUGGAUGCGUAGGAGGCACGGCACGGCCAUGAGCUACACGAACUUUGCCCUGCUGAUGGCCACGGGUCUGUUGGUGCUUAUCUCGGCGCAUGCCAAGAGCACCAGGCCCAGUGGCAGCGGCGAGCUACCGCCCCUAUCCACGGAUCACGUUGCACUCGCCGAGAGGCAUGCCCAUGCCCAAUCGGCCUCACAUCCACACACACAUCAGCUAUCCGGCUCCGAUGAGGAGCAGCACCAGCUCCGGGCCAUGCAUCAUCAGCAUAGACAGCAGCACCGGGCACAUUCGCAUCCACAUCCGAAUCUUUUGCGGAACAAUCGACGCACCUACCACAGCAAAUACACCAUCGAGCAGCUGAUGCGCCUGCAAGUGACACCAAAGGUAUCCGAAGACAUUGACAUGGAUCCCUGCAAGGCUGGUGGUUUCAUGGGGGAUAUUGCACUGCCCGAUGGUGAUUCGGGUCCUGUGGUGGCCCACACACCCAUCGACGACGAGGAACAGGAGCGGGAGGAGGUGGAGCAGCUAUUGGCCGAUGCACCUGAUCCAGGACCAGCUCCAGCUGCAGUCUCAGUUCCAGUCCCUAUCAAAUACAAUGCCACCUUUCAGUUGGAUCUGGAGAAGCUCAAGCAGGAGGUAUAUCACGAGGGUCUGCAGGUAGAGGAGGAGGGACUCACCGACAUCAUACGCAAGAAGACCAAGCUCCCGAGCAUGGUUCCGGUGAACCUCACGGCAGGACAGGGACAGGCACAGCAGAGUGCCAAUGAACCGGUGAAGCCCGGGUCAGAGUCCCCCUCCGACUUUGCUCAGCCCGCCAGCUACAAGAACGAGGUCAUCUCGCCGCCCGAACAACGACAGAGCAGCGGACUGAAGCCAGCCAGACUGACGCUGGCCGAGAUGAGCCUGAAGGCCACCAACAAGACGCAGACAACUCUGCACCGCAAUGUGGAUGCCCGCAAGAUUCAGUCGGAUAACAAGGACAUCGAAGAUGAUUCGGGUAACAAUUUUGUGGCCGAGCGGCGCCAGACACACAUUCUGCCCACCUCCCUGCCCGAGCAACGCUCCACGCUGCCCAAUGUCUACAGCAAUGCGGGGGGCAAUGGCAUGCAGCUGGACGAUGAGGUGGACUUUCUGCAUGCCCGCGGAGUGGUCCGACGGCGACACAGACGUGGACCCAAGCAGCGACGCACCAACCAUCACUCGGAAUAUGAAACAAAAGUGCAGCGUUUGCGCGACGAACUCAACCGGCCACUGGGCAAGGGACAUCAUCGGCAGCAGCAGCGCCAGCACCACCACCAGAGUCAUCAUCAUAAGAAGCACCGUUCGCACCGUCAGCAUCGCCGGCGAGGCCAGACUCCUCCUCAAAACGUGCAUCAUGCCCUGCCUGGAUUUAAUCAAUCGGCACAGGCCGUGAUUCCCAAGGCUGCUGUGGAGGGGCAGCGGCAGGCCACGCUUGAAAUGGAUUUACCAAAAGCGGACAGUCCGUUCAGCCAGAAGGAGGAUGAUGAGGAGCUGCAGCAACGUCAUCGCGUUGCCCGUGCUGUCACCGCCAAAAAGGAGCGCAUCUGGGACUACGGCGUCAUCCCCUAUGAGAUCGAUGGCAACUUCAGCGGCCUGCACAAGGCACUCUUCAAGCAGGCCAUGCGACACUGGGAGAACUCCACGUGCAUCAAGUUUGUGGAACGCAACCCAGAGAUACAUCCCAACUAUAUUGUGUUUACGGUGCGCAGCUGCGGCUGCUGCUCGUUUGUGGGUAAACGCGGUAAUGGCGCUCAGGCCAUCUCCAUUGGUAGAAACUGCGACAAGUUUGGCAUUGUGGUGCACGAACUGGGUCAUGUGGUGGGCUUCUGGCACGAGCACACUCGCCCCGACAGGGAGAAGCAUGUGGUGAUCGAACACAACAACAUAAUGAAGGGUCAGGACUACAAUUUCAACAUGCUGUCACCGGAUGAAGUGGAUUCGCUGGGCAUGGCCUAUGAUUAUGAUUCCAUUAUGCACUAUGCCAGGAACACCUUCUCGAAGGGCACCUAUCUGGACACCAUUCUGCCCAUCGAGAUGAAGGGUCGCAAGCGGCCCGAGAUCGGUCAGCGGCUGCGCCUCAGCCUGGGUGACAUUUCCCAGGCAAAUCUGCUCUACAGGUGUCCCAAGUGCGGUCGCACCUUCCAGGAGAGCACGGGCAUCUUUGCCACGCCCUCUUACUACACAGCUGGAGCACUGACCAACGAGACGGAGCACUGCGAGUGGCGGAUAACAGCCACGCAUGGCGAACGUGUCGUCCUCAAUCUGGAGAAUAUGAACAUCUUCAAGUCGAACAACUGCGAAACGGACUACUUGGAGAUACGAGAUGGCUACUAUGUCAAGUCCCCACUCAUCGGUCGCUUCUGCGGCAAGGUGGCCAAGGAUGAAAUUCGCACCGUUUCCAGUCGCAUGCUCCUCACCUAUGUCAACUCCCACCGCAGCGAGGGCUAUCGCGGCUUCAAGGCAGAGUUCGAUGUUGUGUGCGGCGGCGAGUUGUCGGUGGACGAUGCCGAGGGGCGGCUGGAGUCGCCCAACUAUCCGCUGGACUAUCUGCCGAACAAGGAAUGCGUGUGGAAUAUAACAGUGCCCAAGGGCUAUCAAGUGGCGCUGAAAUUCCAGUCGUUCGAGGUGGAGAACCAUGACAGCUGUGUCUAUGACUAUGUCGAGGUACGCGAUGGUCCUUCACAAGAUUCGCAAGUAAUUGGCGUUUUCUGCGGCUACAAGCCACCGCCAAACAUGAAGUCAAGUGGCAAUUCGAUGUACGUGAAAUUCGUGUCGGACACAUCGGUGCAGAAGGCGGGCUUCUCGGCCGUGUUCAUGAAGGAGGUGGACGAGUGCGAGACACAGAACCAUGGAUGCGAGCACGAGUGCAUCAACACGCUGGGAGGCUACGAGUGCGGCUGCCACAUCGGUUUCGAGCUGCACAGCGACAAGAAGCACUGCGAAGAUGCCUGCGGCGGUGUCAUCGACUAUCCGAACGGAACCAUCAACUCGCCCUCGUUCCCCGAAAUGUAUCCCAUACUGAAGGAGUGCAUCUGGGAGAUAGUGGCGCCGCCAAAGCACAAAAUCUCGCUGAACUUUACCCAUUUCGACCUGGAGGGCACUGCGGCCCAGCAGUCAGACUGCGGAUACGAUUCGGUGACUAUCUACUCCAAGCUCACCGAGAAUCGCCUGAAGCGCAUUGGCACCUACUGCGGCAGCGCCAUCCCACCCACGGCCACUUCCGACAGCAAUGCACUGCGCGUGGAGUUCCAUUCGGACAAGUCCAUACAGCGGUCCGGCUUUGCUGCCGUGUUCUUCACGGACAUCGACGAGUGUGCCGUGAACAAUGGCGGGUGCCAGCACGAGUGCCGGAACACCAUUGGCUCCUACAUGUGCCUCUGCCACAACGGAUACUCGCUGCACGAGAACGGACACGACUGCAAGGAGGGGGAGUGCAAGUACGAGAUAUCCGCCUCCUUCGGCACCAUCUACAGUCCCAACUAUCCGGACUCGUAUCCCCCCAACGCGGACUGUGUGUGGCACUUUAUAACCACGCCGGGGCAUCGCAUCAAGCUGAUAUUCAACGAGUUUAAUAUUGAGUCCCAUCAGGAAUGCACCUACGACAACGUAGCCAUCUACGAUGGCGAGUCCGAGGCCAGCUCGGUGCUGGGACGCUUCUGCGGCGACAAGAUACCCUUCCCCAUCUCAUCCACCACCAACCAGAUGUACAUGGUCCUCAAGACUGACAAGAACAAGCAGCUGAAUGGAUUCAUGGCCCUUCACUCGACCUCUUGUGGAGGCUUUCUGCGUGCCAGCAACCAUGUUCAGCAGUUCUACUCCCAUGCCCGAUUUGGCAAUCAGGACUACGAUGACAACAUGGACUGUGAGUGGACCAUUGAGGCGCCGCCCAACAGCAAUGUUCAGCUGAUCUUCCUCACCUUUGACAUUGAGAGCAGCGAGAACUGCACCUACGACUAUGUGCAGGUCUUCUCGAACAUGGAGGACACCAGCGGACCCAUGUACGGACAGUACUGUGGCAGUGUGCAGCCCCAGGACAUCAUCUCCAUGACAAACUCGCUGCUGGUGCGCUUCAAGACGGACAGUUCGGUGCCCAUGAAAGGUUUCUCUGCCUCGUAUGUGGCCGUCGAUCCGUUUGACAACAGCGACGAGGAUGUGGAGAACUCGUACAGCUCCGAGAUGGUCACCCCGUUUCCUGGCUCCCUUAAAUCCAUCUACAUCGAGGACACCGAGGAGACAGACGAGUACGGCGACUUGAGUGGCAAUUCGUUGGUGGUGCUCAAUGGCCGUGGUCGCUACAGUCUGCCCACUCGGUACUAUCCCUUCCCCACCUAGGCGCGCACUGGCACGCACUCGACGCGCUAAAAUUCAUGACAAUAUAUUAAAAACGGAAUUUAUUUAACAACAUUUAGGCAUAUCGUCGCGUACAUAAAGCAAGAGUCCUUAGAUCUUCCUUUCUCUUUGUCCGUCUCUCCCCCCACGAAGCAUAAUCACGACCCACAUACACAGUGUUAGUUUUAGGUAAUCCAAACAGGUUAGGUUCUAGCAUGCCAGGCAUAUCGCAGUCAAGUGCAAAACAUUGAAACCUAUAAUAAGAAAUUAAGUCGAACUUAUCUACGUAACUUGAACUUCGCUAGAUGGAUGUUGCUCCAACUAAAGUGAGGAUGGAUUCUUCAGUUUAUUUACUCUGAAUGUGCAGUUCUCGUUUUAUGCAUUUUACUAGUUGCCAUUUUUAAAGCAUUUUCUUCUAUUUCGAUAUCUUCUAUAAUCUUUUUAUUGUGCCAUAUUUGGUAGUCUAGGCUUUAGGGCAUUUUCUUUACCUUAGCUCAGGCAGGCAGCUCUGUUUGGCAUCUUAGCAUAGGUUUAAUGGAUGUCCAAUAUCAAAGUCCAAAUGGAAGUUAG